AUGCCCAUCCCCCGAGUGGAGACGAUGCAGGAGAUCAUAGGGAAUUCAACCCAGAGUGUCGAUGAUGCGACCUUCGCCAUCCACGAGGAGUCCCCACACCCAGCAAUCGGCUCGGCGCUCUCUGGGAUCGACGAGAUCAUCGAGGGCUACGAUGAGGGUGGCCUCCGGCUGCCUUCAGGUCUUAUCCGCUCCGCAUGCUCCUCCCGCAUCUCGGAGCUCAUCCAGCAACAGGAGGAGCUCGACAAGUCGAUCGUCGCCCUCCGACUGUUCUCGCCCGCAGGCAGCAACGACUCGGGCGACUCGUGCCCGAUGUAG